CAAUACCAUGAUGACACGCGACAGUAAACAGCAUGGCUUCAACAGCGGAAGAUAGACUUCUGGUGUUAUUGGAAAAACUGAAAGAAACUGAUGACUCUUUAGCAGUUUGCAUUGUACUGCUACAGCAAUAUUUGAGAGGAGAGAGAAAUAAGAUACAGUGGUCGAAGUCCAUUGGAAUACAAGUAAAUGUUGAAAGUAGAUCAGCACAAACUGUUACAGAUCACAAGGCCGAAGAGGAGAAAGUAGAAAAAAGCAUCACAGCAAUUUGCGAAAAACUCAAAUCGGAACUCACAGCUCUGCAUACGAAUAUAGAGAAACAGAACGUUAUUUUUCAAGAAGACAAGGACCACGCUAAAGCUUCCACUUCAACCUUUCGGAGAUUCUGAUGGAAAAAUUAUGGGAAAUAUCAGGCAAAAAACCCUUCGGAGCACUGCCAUUUUUGUAGUUGAAUAAAUUGAAUAAAAAACAA